AUGUGGUCUAUUGCAUCCGAUGGAACGUGCUUGGAUUCUACAACGAACACAAAUACUUUAGCUAUUCAGCAGCCUCUCUGGAUUAAAAAUACUCAAUAUAUCAACCGUGAGAGCGUAGGCUCACAAUCUCCAAACUCAGACCUCACUGAUUCGCCAGAGUAUAUUUCACCUUAUAAAUCUCGCCCUUCGACUUCUAAUGUUGUGAAAAUUCGCAAUGUACGAAAGAGCACCAAGUACAAAUGCUCCGUUUGUGGCGAUCGGCCAACUGGCUUUCAUUAUAAUGUACUAAGCUGCAAUGGGUGCAAGACAUUUUUUCGGCGUACGAUUAUCAGUAAUAGAAAAUUUGUGUGUGCGAGAGACGGGAGAUGUGAAUUUAAUAAAGACUUUCGCUGUGCCUGUCGCUCAUGCCGAUUUAAUAAAUGCAUACGGGUUGGCAUGAAUAAAGACUCUAUUCAACUAUCAGCAACAAAAAAGAAAGAAAUGGAGAUGGCAUGCGGGGAAGAUGAGGAAGAUAAUUAUGAAAUACCACAAGAAAAUGCCCUAGCAAUAUCAAUGCCGAAAUCAGAUAAGCUAAUUAGAAUUUUCAAUUCCACCGAAGCAGUUAAAUACCGAGAAGAUGGAGUGCUCCGUCUCCGAAAAUUUGGAAAAAUUGUAAUGGAUAUGAACGAGCCACUCAUCAGCCUCCUUCAGAAGGGAAUGAUGAUGGGUAAAGAUAUGUGUUUUGCAGUCCCCGAGUUUGCUAGAGAAAACGAAAAAAUGAAAAUGGUGCAAUUGUAUAAUAAGAAUCCCGUUAGAUAUUGGAUGGUUUCUGAUUUGUUCCUAAUUGUCGAGUUUGCAAAAUCUUUCUCGGCAUUUCGCAAGUUGUCAUUGAUGGAUCAAGAAGUGUUAAUGAAGCACGUUGGUGGCGUUCUUCACUCGGUUACACAAUCUUUCUAUUCCAUGUACAGCUUCAAAAGUGGAAUGUUGACGUUUCCAGAUGGAAUUAAUGCAUUGGACUUUAAGAUGAAGGAAAUGAAUCGUGAUAAGCGAUUGAAAACAUUCAAAAAUUACUAUGCAGAAGCUUACUGUCUUCCAAUUGAGAAAAUGGCUGACCAGAAUAUGACACUUAAAGAGUUUUCUUUGUUCAAAGCAAUCUGCCUUUUCUCUCCUGACAGUUUAAAGCUAUCCGAACAAGGAAGAGAAAUUGUGCGCAGAGAACGAGAAUACCUAAUGAAUCUUCUUCGUAAUCAUUUACUCAUCGAGCAUGGAUAUCACAAAGGAAUGUGCAUGUUUUCAAAUAUUCUCAUGUCUAUCACAACAUUUAUCAAGUUUGGAGAAAAACGAAGAAAUCAUAUAUUGUUAAUGAAUUUGAUGCAGUGUGAACUUGCUCGUAUUGGAAUUGAUAUAUUCCUUCCUUAA